GCACACAGCCUGCAAGGUCGCUGGUGAGUGACUACAACAAUGGUCUCCGUAGGUUUUAACGCAUAUGUUAGAACACAACUCGUGCUGCAACCAUGCCUGCACGCCGGGAGCACUGCGUUCGGUGCCAUAAAGACUUCUCAGCCAAUUACCCCUCGGCUUGCGUCGUACCCCAUGUGUUCAACUCCCGCUGUGACCCACUUCGUCUUUACAGUGGAGAAUUCCAAUGGAUGUCGGAGUGUUGUGGUGGCUAUGGUACUGUGACGGAGGAAGAACCUGGAAGUGGCGCCUUCCGCAUGAUGGAACUCACCGCCUGUUAUCGUGGUCCGCACACGACGUACAAGGAUGUCGUUCGACUCCAAUACAACGGUGUGAGCGUCCUCAGGUGUAAACACAACGGGUCAGGGAAAUGUAUCCGCAACCACUUGACGCAGAGAAACAGACCCGUUUUUGACAAGGAGGUGGUGUAUUGUGACGGUGACGAACAAGACCGUCACAACGAUGGGUAGAGGCAGAUUGUGUAGGAUUCUUUGGUGGCUGAACGGACUAGAGGAUAAUUAGGACUUUCUUGAGAUCCAGCUUUUCACCUCUGUACACAUACACCCUCGGAACUUGUAUUGCAGCUGCUCCUACAAUAUUUGGUCCAUAAUAUGACGUCCACUGGUUUCUCCGUUGGCAUGGUCGACUCCACCAAGGUCCAAAACGCAGAUCGUGACAAAUUGCAUUUGGUAUGACAACAACGCGUGAGUGAAACAAGAACAAAGCAUCUUCCUCAAUCAUACCUUCGUGCAUAAGCGGGUACAAAGAAGUGUAUGUGACAAGGGCAUCCAGCGUGCAUUGCGCAAGCCCAUCACAGGUCCCGCUUUGUUGUACCACCUAAACCUAAGAAGCACAGCUCCAUCGAUAAGUGAAGUUGUA